UGAGCGAGUCGGGAUUGAGAGUGUUGAAAAAGUGGGUGUCACUGUGCAUCGAGCUCCGCGCGGAUGCAGCGAGCACUUUUAAACACAUAAACGCAACGGUAGACAGUGCAGAAAGUCGAAAGAGGGACACCGCGAUAUUGGCUGUCAGCGACUUGGACUGCACGGAUCCAUUCAAAUUAGGCUACAUGCCGCAAAGAUUCCAGUAUCAGGGUAUCUGAAUUUCUUCUUGAGUUCUGUGGUCCACUGGCCGCGUUUCGUUUGUAUGGAGAUAGUGCAAGACGAAGCGUUUCAGCACCCACUGCUAAUUGAACAGGGAAAUGGUAACAUAUGAACCACAUUGGAAGGAACAUGGUUGAGAGGACCAGUAAAUUUUUGUUCAUUGUUGUCGGAUCUGUUCUCUUCAUGCUGAUUUUAUAUCAGUACGUCGCGCCGGGGAUGAUGAACUUCGGGUCUCCGCACGGUUACAUCGUUGAAGACGAUGCGGAUAUCUUCCCGACUCCCGAUCCACAUUACGUGAAGAAGUACUAUUUCCCAGUUAGAGACUUGGAACGCUCGGUGGAUUUUGACAUCAAAGGGGACGAUGUGAUCGUGUUUCUUCACAUACAGAAAACCGGGGGUACCACUUUCGGGAGGCACCUGGUUCAAAAUGUGAGGUUAGAGGUGCCGUGCGAUUGCAGACCCGGACAGAAAAAGUGUACCUGCUAUCGCCCAAACAGAAAAGAGACCUGGCUGUUUUCACGAUUUUCUACCGGUUGGAGUUGUGGUUUACAUGCCGACUGGACCGAGCUCAUCAAUUGCGUGCCGACAGUGCUGAAUAAAAAGGAGAACAAAUUGAAAAACUUAAGGAAGUACUACUACAUCACGCUGCUGCGGGACCCGGUGUCGCGCUACCUAAGCGAGUGGCGGCACGUGCAACGGGGCGCCACCUGGAAGACCUCGCUGCACAUGUGCGACGGGCGCACCCCGACGCCCGAGGAGCUGCCCGCCUGCUACGAGGGCACCGACUGGUCCGGCUGCACGCUGCAGCAAUUCAUGGACUGCCCCUACAACCUGGCCAACAACCGGCAGGUGCGCAUGCUGGCCGACCUCAGCCUGGUGGGCUGCUACAACAUGUCCUUCAUGCCCGAGAAGAAGCGCGCCCAGAUCCUGCUGGAGUCGGCCAAGAAGAACCUGCGCGACAUGUCCUUCUUCGGCCUGACGGAGUUCCAGCGCAAGACGCAGUACCUGUUCGAGCGCACCUUCCGCCUGCGUUUCAUCCGCCCGUUCAUCCAGUACAACAGCACGCGCGCGGCCGGCGUGGACCUGGACAACGACACCAUCCUGCGCAUCGAGGAGCUCAACGAGCUGGACAUGCAGCUCUAUGACUAUGCCUGGGACCUCUUCCAGCAGCGCUACCAGUACAAGAGGCAGCUGGAGCGCCGGCAGCUGCGUCUGCAGAGGAGCCAGGGGGCCGGGGGGCUUUUUCCCCUGAGGCGCGGCGGCGGCGGUGGUGGUCCCGGCGAGGAUUCUCCGCAGCCCCGUGGAGACGAACCACCGGCACCCGAGGAGGCCGCCCGGCUGCCCACGGAGGACUACAUGAACCACAUCAUCACGCGAUGGUAGCAUAGGGCCUGAGGGGGGCGGACGCCGUGGGCCGGGGGGCGGGAAGGGCAGGGGGUGGCAGAGACUUAAAAAGGGAUGAGAGGGAGAGGGAGAGAGAGAGGG